UCAUGGGAGGGGGUCCACUUUGGGAAAAUCAGACUUUGAAGAAAAAAUUAGGCUGGUAAGCUCUUCAAACGCGGUCCUAAAAGUGGUGUUAAGAACCGAAGUGGGCGUUUUAGCUCACAUUCAGCGUUGUAAAAGAUGGACUAUCGGCCUUUCAUUAAUGAGGGGAGACCAACUUACGGUGUGGCCAAUCCCGGUUAUUUGACAGCAGCUGAGGGCCCUUCUCAUGCAAUGUUCGCCCCACCCGUGGCUGAGUCGAAUUCUGGCCCAAGCGCUCCACCAGCCGGCAUGUUCGACAACAUGCCCGGCUAUGAAGGCACGGUGGCUGGGGGAGGAGGAGGAUUUGUGCCUCCCCCAAUGCCUAUGCAACCUACUCCUCAGCCUCAGCCUGGACCUGACCAACCGCAGUGGAAUAUUCCAUCCAUAAGUGAGACUACAGCACGGGAGGCCUUUGCUCUGUGGGCCUCCAGCAAGUGUUGUUACAGUUCAGCACCAGCAAAACAUGGCGUGAUCACCAACAUGGAGGCUUUUAAUACCUAUCGGUACCGCCUGGAAACCUUUACUGAGUCAAGGUCUACGGAGUGGAGUCACGAACCAUACAAUGGCCAACCAGUAGAUGCAUUCGCUCAACCCCCUCCAGGGCCCUGGGAUAUUCCUGCGACACCCCCCAAUUAUUUUGUGGACGGCAAACAGAUCAUCAAAGUUCCUUACACUUCAUCUAUGAAGAGCUGCCACGUUUGCGUAGGAAUGGGGCGAAAACCUUGCAAAGACUGUGCCGGGGCUGGCAAUAAAGUGUGCUGGGUUUGCAACGGAGCUGGCUUCCGUCACGGAGAUGAAAGAUGCAAUCAUUGUUUUGGCAGAGGGAGGGAAAACUGCCAUCACUGCCAGGGGCAAGGAUCCAUGCAAUGUCCCACAUGUCAAGGAAAACAGCAGCUUUUGGUCUACAUCAACCUGACUUUAAAAUGGACAAACAACUGUGAUGACUAUGUUGUGGAACAGUCCAGUGGCCUUAAGGUGGACAACCUCAGCAAAGUGUCUGGCAAGGAGCUUUUCAGAGACUCGCAGUACUUGGUGUACCCAUUGAUGGGUUUUCCAGACCCUGCUGUGGUAAAUGCUGCACAGCGUUUAGUCAGUGAACACCAGGGCAGGUUCUCCCAAACGUCUCGCAUUCUGCAACAGCGUCAAACUAUCGAGCUGAUCCCUGUGACCAAAGUUACCUACGCAUGGAAAGGGAAAACAAACCUUUACUUUGUGUAUGGAAAUGAAUUCAAAGUCAAUGCAGACAACUACCCAGCCACCUGUUGCUGUACUGUGAUGUAACUGUAAAAGCUGUCAUCCUCCCUGAAAGCUGGAGCAACAAUGAAAUCAUUUAAUCAUGUAUUUUGAUGUUUGCAGUCAAUAUUUUAUAUGUCAAUGUAUGUCUUUUGGAAAGUCAUGCAUAUCCUGUUAACUUUGUUUACCUAAUGCAUGCCACACCGUAAAAUAAUAGCCUGGAAAAUGAUAUAUUUUAAUACAAACACUUUUCACUGAAUAUAGAACUUUCGUUACAAUUUGUAUUUUUACAUCACUUACCACGUGUUUGAUUUCAGUAUUGCUAAUGUUCCCCAAAAAUAUAUUGUAUAUCAUUGUAUGACACAUGUUUUGUAUACUUGUUUAAUACGUGUAUGCGUUUGCAUCGAAUACUCGUACAACCUGCAUUUAUUGAAAAAUCCCAAUAAACUGUUUCGUAAUGUU